AUGCCGAGUUUGACUUCAGCCUCUGGUGUCCUGGGCUUCCUAUCAGAUGAAGAACCGGAGCUCAAGGUCUUCGCCCUCCAAACAAUAAAUGAUGAUAUCGAUACUCUAUGGACAGAAGUUGCAGGUUCCGUUUCUCAAAUUGAGGCGCUUUAUGAAGAUGAAUCCUUCCCCGAGCGACGAUUAGCAUCAUUGGUGUUGGCAAAGGUCUAUUUUCAUCUACAGGCAUACAAUGAGAGUAUGACAUUUGCUCUUGGAGCUGGCGAUCUCUUCCAACUCGACGAGGCAGGCGAAUUCGAGGAAACUAUCAUUUCAAAAUGUGUCGACACUUAUAUCAGUGUGUCUGCUCAGCAUCAUGCUUCACCGCAAGAAACCAAACGUGAUAGUGCUCUACCUACCCUCGCAACUACAUUCGCAAGUGGGGCCGAUGAUACCAGUGCUGCUGCGCUCACCUCGCCUCUGACACCUUUCUCGCAGUCUACUCUGCCAUCGAAAUCCCUCUUAUCACGAGCCUCUACCGAUAACAUGUUGGAACAGCCUGUAGCAGAAGGCAAGACUUCGAGUUCUACGAUUUUGCCAGAUCGCUCUACUCAGAUUGCGCUUCAAAAAGUAAUUGAGAGACUUUUUGAGAGCUGUUUACGCGAAGGAAGAUAUAGACAGGUUGUGGGAAUUGCAGUUGAAGCUAGAAAUUUGGAAGUUUUGCGACGAGUCAUUAAGCGUGCUAGCGACGAUGAGAAGAAGUCGAGAUCAAAGCCGGCCGAAGACACACCUGGUCCAACAGAAGAGUUGAUGGAAUAUGUCUUGGACAUCUGCAUGGGUGUUGUGCAAGAAAGAGGCCUUCGAACAGAGAUACUCAGGUUGAUCUUGUCUCUACUGAACGAUAUCCCAACCCCCGAUUAUUUCUCGAUUGCAAAAUGUGUGGUCUACCUUAAUCAAGACGAGGAGGCAUCGGCAAUGUUAAAAAAGCUUGUUGCCAAGGAUGACCAAACCUCCACUGCUAUCGCUUACCAAAUCGCCUUCGAUCUGUACGAUAAUGGGACUCAAGAAUUCCUCGCCAAAGUGAUCAAGUCUUUACCCAAGAAGGCAACCGAUGCCGAAGCAUCUACGAAGGAGCCAACGGAGUCUGAUCAACUUUUAGGGGAAUUGAACGAACAAGUGGGUGAAUCUACCGAAGGGGCCUCAGAUGAACACAUCAAGAUUUACGACUCGAUACGAAAGAUUCUUGAUGGUAGCGAAACCAUCCGACUUAAUCUCGAAUUUUUGUAUCGAAACAACCACACUGACCUUAGCAUCCUCAACAAAGUCCGCGACAGUCUCGAAGGUCGAAACUCCAUCUUCCACACAGCUGUCACGUUCUGCAAUGCGUUCAUGAAUCACGGUACAACCAACGAUAAAUUCUUCCGUGACAAUUUAGAGUGGUUGGGAAAGGCAGUCAACUGGUCAAAGUUUUCUGCUACUGCUGCGCUCGGUGUUAUUCAUCGUGGCAACCUCUCCCAGGCCAAAAGGCUACUGGAACCUUAUUUACCAAGAGCCGCAAUGGUUGGGGGGUCAAUCUAUAGUCAAGGUGGCGCUCUUUAUGCUUAUGGGUUGAUUUACGCCAAUCACGGCGCCGAUGCGCUCGAGUAUCUGAACAAAGCCUUUAAUGAGGCACAGGAAGAGGUUAUUCUGCAUGGUGGUGCCUUGGGAUUGGGUAUUGCUGGUAUGGCUACAGGUGAUCAACAAAUCUACGAAAACUUGAGACACAUACUAUACGCCGAUUCUGCACUCAAUGGUGAGGCUGUUGGUCUUGCAAUGGGUCUCAUCAUGUUAGGAACUGGCAACAUCAAAGCUCUAGAGGUCAUGAUCACUUAUGCUCACGAUACUCAACACGAGAAGAGUGUUAGAGGUCUUGCCAUCGGCAUGGCAUUAAUUAUGUACGGCAGGCAAGAAGGAGCUGAUGAGCUCAUUGAAGGCUUAUUGAAUGAUCCAGAUCCAACUCUUCGUUAUGGUGGUAUCAUGACCGUCGCUUUGGCAUACUGUGGCACAGGAAGCAACAAGGCAGUGCGCAAGUUACUCCAUGUAGCCGUCAGUGAUGUCAACGAUGAUGUCCGUCGUAUUGCCGUCAUGAGUUUAGGUUUCAUUCUAUUCCGUAAACCUGGCAGUGUGCCACGUAUGGUCGAACUUUUGUCCGAAUCCUAUAACCCGCAUGUCAGAUACGGCGCUGCCAUGGCCCUUGGUAUCUCUUGUGCCGGUACUGGUCUUGAUGAGGCCAUUGAUUUACUUGAGCCAAUGAUGAAGGAUCCUACAGACUUCGUCCGACAGGGCGCUCUGAUCUCUCUUGCCAUGAUUAUGGUUCAACAGAAUGAAGUUAUGAAUCCCAAGGUUGCGGAAAUCCGCAAAACCUUGAAGAAGAUUGUUGCAGAUCGUCAUGAGGAUGCUAUGGCCAAGUUUGGUUGUGCAUUAGCAUUGGGUAUCAUUGAUGCUGGAGGCCGCAAUUGCACCAUCGGAUUACAAACUCAAACCGGUAACCUUAACAUGGCUGGUAUCGUCGGCAUGGCAGUCUUCACACAAUACUGGUACUGGUUCCCAUUUACCCAUUUCCUCUCCUUGACUUUCACUCCUACCUCGAUGAUUGGUUUGAAUCAUGAAUUGGAGAUUCCAAGUUUCAAAUUCCACAGUGCCACUCGUCCAAGCCUUUUCGACUACCCACCAGAGCAAGAGGUCAAGACGGAGGAUGCACCAACUCUUAUUGCAACAGCAGUACUAUCGACAACUGCUCAAGCAAAGCGCAGAGCACAAAAGAAAGAGCGUGCUCAAAGACGAGAGAGUAUGGAUAUCGACCAAACGCCAACUACACCAAAGAUUUCAGCUUCAGCCGACGACAAAAUGGAUCUAGACGAAUCAACCAGAGACACGGAAGAGAAAUCUGCCGAAAAAAAGGAUGAAAGCGAAAAAGAAACUUCUGCAGAAAUCUUGAAGAAGAAGCUUGAGAAGGAAAAGGUUGGCUACGAGAUUGAGAACAUGUCUAGAGUCCUUCCCGCUCAGCUUAAAUUUAUCAAUUUCCCAGCCGGUCGAUAUAAGCCUGUCAAGAAACCUACUGGAGGUGUCAUUGUAAUGAUUGAUACCCAACCAGAAGAAGAGAAAGUCUUGAUGGAAGAAAAGGUGAAGAAGAAGGCCGAUAUUGAAAGAGCUAUAGCGUUGACCACUAUUGGGGAUAUGCGAAAUGAAGCUCUCAACGUGCGUCGUCAAGCCGAUGCUCAAGGUGAAGCCGCGGGUUCAUUUUCUGGAGCUGCUGCAGCAGCAGGUGUUCUAACCGCUGUUGAUGAAGAUGAUGAGGGUGCCGAGGAAGCUACCGUGCCGAAUGAAUUCGACUAUUUCUCUGAUGGGGAAGUGGAGUAA